CACUGCUCAGCUUUUCCUCAGUUUCGUGUGUGCGCGUGUGAGCUCAUCUGCUGUACAGAGGGAGGGACGGACAGACAAGAAACAUCGCUUUGCAACAUAAACCAAUCAGAGCGACACAUUACCGAAGACAUCGAUCGGAUUUAUUUAUCAAUCUGACGGAAACCACCAUUAGUCUGUCAAACAAUAACCUUCAGAACCCCAAAGAAACAUUAAGCGCUGACGACAUGGCUGAUUUUAGUAUUGAUAAGAACAACCUGCCUGGCGUAAAAGAGGUGUGCCGGGACUUUGCCGUGCUGGAAGACCACUGUCUGGCCCACAACCUUCAGGAACAGGAAAUCGAGAGCCACCUGGCCUCUAACGUCCACAAGAGCCGCCUGGUGCAGCAGGACCUGCAGGUGGCCAAGCGUCUGCAGGAGGAAGAGGACCUACGGGCCAAAGUCGAGAGCAAGAGACAACAUCGCCGCCUGGAACGCAUCGACAAUGAAAUUGCUCAGGAGAUUCAAGAACAACUCGUCCGGCAGGCUGAACAACAGAGGCAGCAGGAAGAGAAAGAUGAGGCCAUCGCCAGGAAGCUGCAGGAGCGAGAGAUGAAAGAGGAGAGAAAACGGCAAAAGCAGAUGGAGGAAAACAUUGAAGAGGAGUACUACGAAGACAAAGCCGCCAGGAGCCUCCCGCACCUUCCUCCUGACUUGCAAGAGCCGAAACCCCGCUCCACUUCUCCAGGUUACAGAAAAGAGAAGCAUCACAGCCACAAUCAAAUUCUUUCCCCGUACAACUCUCCCGUGCCAGACAGAAAAGUAAAUCCCCGUAGUCGCUAUCCAGAAUAUGAGCCUGUUGAACACCACCGAACUAGGCAUCCAGAGAUUCCAAGCAAGGAAAGGAUCCCAGAGUACUACUCACCUGAGCGACGACCGAAAUACCCGGAAGAUUACUCGAGAGAGAGAAACAGACCUCUCGACCUUGAUUACAAAGAACCUCGUAGAAGAAGGAAGCCAGAUCAGUGGGACGACCUGGAGCCGGUGCGGCAGAAGGAGAAACCUCCCGGCCAGGAUAGGGUUUGGGACAAGGAGAGGAACAGGGAUCGAGAAAGGGACGGACAGAGAUCCAAGGACAGGCCAAGAGAUCGAAACCGGACUAGAAGUCAAGACAAUGUCAGGGGUAGAAACGUGGACAGGGAGAUGGACAGGAAUGGCUACGGACAUGCUAGCAGAGACAGACUUGGAGAACGAGGCAGAGAUAGGAAUAGAGAGAGGCACAAAAGUAGAGACCAAGAACUGGAUGAGCACAGUCUCUCCCCAACUAGAGGAUUGUCAGAAGACAGCUUGGAGAGGGAGGAUCUCAAGAGCAGGCCGAGGCUCCCGUCAGGCCCUAAUGAGGUGUUUGAGGAGCCCACUCUCAGAGGCCCUUCAAAUGAGGGCCCGUCCCCUGGCCCUUCCUCCAGAGAGAGAGGCCGAAAGGUUAGAGGAGAGUAUGGCAUGAAGGAAGCUACACAUGGAUUGGCCAACUUAGACCUACACGACCAGGAGCUCAGAGAUAUGGAGGUGGCACGAAGACUACAAGAAGAAGAAAUUAAGGCUAGUCAAAUUGACAAACGAGCCGCUCAAGUUGCUAAAGAUGAGGAAUUAGCCCGCCUGCUAUUGGAGGAAGAGAAAAGGGAGUAUAAGAGAUCGAAAGAGGAGAAGAAGCAAGUGAUAGACAGAAGACGACCCGAGGUAGAGUACAAGCCAGGGCAAGAAGUAGUACGACCACGUAUGCGAGAAGAGGUGCGUAGCAGAGAGGACGAGUACCAGAGAGCGCGGAACCACAAACCUGUGAGGCCGCCUCCUCCUACACAGCACUAUGAGAACAUAAACCCGAGCUAUGCUUAUGUGGAGAGCCCGUACACCCCUCGCCCUCCAACAAGACCAGAGGCGGCGUACAAAGGUGCCUACUACAGACAGUGACCAUAAGCCUCCACUGCUGCCCAAUCACGAGUCCGUUCGGCCCUUUACUUUGUGAAUCAAUAGAGAAGGAAGCGAUUCAGAGACUACUUUGAGUUCAUGAGGCUUUCGGCGGAAGCUACUGACACUUUAAUUUUGUUUUCCCUCCAAGUUUCUCGGCUCAGACGAGCCGUCGUCGUCUCUUCGUGUUGUGAAUGAGUCUUUUACCCUGGAGUUAUCAACUACUGGGCGACAGGGACGGUUCCUGUUCGCUUCUCAUGUUCCUGUCUUAUUGUAGAUGACUGGACGGGAAGGGAUCUACUGCACAGCUUAAAACAUCCCUUUUCUUUUCAUCUAUAUUCAAGCCUGGUCUUGAUUGCAUUGCAGGAUACAGUUUUUUGUUUUUUUAAUUUAAUGGAAAACAUGAGUGAAUUGUGCUCUAUAUUUAUUGAUUUAUUUUGAGAUGAUAUAGUUUAUUUUUUAAUUCGUAUAUUAUUGUUUUACCCUUUCAACCGAUCUAUCCCAAAAGACUGGCAUACACCGAAGUGAUCACUUUUCUGGAGAACUGUUUGAUGCAAAAUUCCAGCCCUGAUCGCAUUUCGACAUCUUGAUAAGCAGGUUCAGUCUUCAAACCAAUCAAAUAUCAAGGUGAGGUCGUCUUCUUCAUUUUCCCCUCCAUAUCAUUUGUGAGAGACUGGUCAUUCGCACUGAGGGCUCACGUACUGCUAGGGUUGGAGACGCUCAGCCCUUUGGGUGCCUUCGUUAUUCUGAUAUUUCCUGCAGUGUCUGUAGCGAUCAUCUCAUCUACUUCAUGGGUAUUCAGGACCUGCUAAUAUGCCCCAGUGUUCAAAUGCAUGCUGGCUGAAUGUGAACUCUGUGGGGUCUAUAUGAAAAAAAAAAGAAAUGGCCAAAAACACAUCUCUACUCAAUCUUUUUAUAUACAGGUAUUUUUAUUUAUAAUUCAAUAAAAAACCAAGAUACAAGUUUUAAGGCAUGUAGUAGCAUUGCUAUUGGCACAGAUGUAAACAGUUUUGUUGCUUGCAUCUUCAUAUGCAGUUCAUGCUGUCUCAGUGUUCGGAUUUACAGUGCUUUGCAUUCGGUGGCAAACUUACUUUAAGCAGGGACACAACAAGUGUGACUACGGCAGCGUUUCUCUGGCUCUUUCCACAAAUGGUGUGCAAAAUAGAUACACAAUAGCUUGAAACUUGAUUUGAUCAAUGCGAAUAUGAACCUUCAGAAGUUUCGUUUAACAGUUUAAGCGAACAUGUCAUCACAGUUUAGGACUCGUCUAAAUAUAAUUUAAAAACAAACUGUUUCGUUUUAGUUAUUUUAUUUUUUAGCAAUUGUUUAUUUCUAUCAAAGAAA